ACCCCCAAUCAACUACCAUCUGUUAUCUGUAAGGUUUUCUGUGCUCUGAUUCUCUGCAUAACUCCAACUGUCAUAGACUACUCUAUAGCUCUAUAUAGCAGAGGCCAUUCAGUUGUCUCUAUUGAAUCAGAGAAAUACACAGACAGACCCCAAUCUGACUGAGGGAUGACCAGAAGCAUAUUUGCAAACCUUCCUUCACAGAGGAAGAAGGGCAGAGAGGCUCUCAUUCCAAGAUUCCGUCCUUCAGAAGUCUCCCUUGCUAUAUCCCCGUCUUUGCCAGCUUGUCUUGCACAACAAAAUUCCACUUCUGAGGACAAGACGGUUAUAUGGAUUGUUCCAAAACAUCAAUGUUGUCACAGCAACCACAAUUCAUGGAUGCUAGAACAGAUGCUGCAACAAAGACAAUGAUCAUUCUCCCUUCUUCUAAUUCAUC